AUGCAGGUUGGACAACCUCGGUCUGUUAAACAAACUCAGGCUGUUUACAGCGCUGCUGUUCCAGUUUCACUGAAUAUGCGCAUAUUUCUUUUUGCAUACUUUUGGAUCAAGCUGGAAUAUAAUCAUCCAAACAACCGAGAUAACUUUGAUGAAGACUCUCCCCCUGACCCAGUCCAAGCGUUGGUUCUGCUCUUCUACAAACCCCCAGUUGAUCCUGAUAUCAGAUCUGUCCUCAGUGUGUUCAUGCUGCCACGGAAUAUUGUGUUCAGCAAAAUUCUGCGUAACAGGAAGACGUCAGACAAAACUGAGAGAUACAUAGAGACAUCAUCUCACUGUAAACUGCACCCAAAGCAGGUUUACACUCUGGUCACUGAUCCUGAGCAUGACCUGAUUAAAGUUCAACCCAAAGAAGCUGAUUUUGAUGAGGAGCACCAUGAAAGCUACUUCCCAUCAUUUCAGGUAGUCUUAAAAAAAAUCCUCACGGAUAUUAACCUGAGUCUGGGAGACAAGAGCAGCUCCAGCUGUGUUUGGGAAAGAGAGGUUUGUCUGUUGCCCAGCGGAGGGAAAACUGAUACUUUGGACACUGAUCCAAUAAAGAGACUAUCAGCUCUACGGAGCUGCUUCAUCAAAAGUAUAUCGGGACCUGUUCUCAGCAGUCUGAUGGACAAACUGCUGGAUGAAAAGGUGAUAACUGAUGCUGAGAUGGAUGCAGCAGACGUCAUACAAAACAGAAGUGACAGAGCUCGCUUUGUUAUCGACACUGUGAGGAAGAAAGGUGAAGCUGCCAGUUCACAGAUGAUUGAGUUUCUGUGUGAGCUUGACUUCCUCCGUGAACAUCUUGGGUUGGUCUGA